CAGCGGAGCAGGGAAGUCUACCCUGAUGAAUGUCUUGACCGGCAGAAGCGGCGGCGAUAUGACGGUGCAUGGUCAAGUGACGGUGAAUGGCUGUGAGAUCGGAACCCUUAUGGGGGACAUUUCUGCUUACGUCGAACAGGAAGACGCCUUCAUACCUUCACUGACGGUUAUAGAGCAACUCAUGUUUCGGGCGUUGUUACGAAUGGAUAAGUCUUACGACAAACAACAGCGGAUACAAAGAGUGAAAGAUGUAAUUAGAGAGCUGAGCCUGACAAAAUGUGCCAAUACCAUGAUUGGUGAUGAAAGAAUCAAAGGAAUUUCAGGAGGAGAGAGAAAAAGAGUAGCGUUUGCUUCCGAGAUUUUAACGGAUCCACCUCUCAUCUUUCUCGACGAACCAACUUCCGGUCUGGAUUCUUACUUAGCUAGAAAUCUUAUUCAAGUCUUGAAAAACAUGGCGUCUCGCGGCCGUACCAUCGUAACUACGAUCCAUCAACCAUCGUCAGAAAUAUUCACCAUGUUUGACGAGCUUCUGUUGAUGGCGGAUGGAAGAGUAGUGUUCAUGGGACCCACAAAAGAUGCAAUGCUUUUAUUCAGAGAAUGUGGUCUUCAAUGUCCAACAAACUAUAAUCCGGCCGAUUUCUACCUCGAUAAUCUUUCCAUCAUCCCAAAUCAAGAAGAUGAUUAUGUUGCGAGAACUCAGGGUCUGGUAGAUGCGUUCGAACGAAGCGAAAACUACCAAAACAUACAGAACUAUCUGGAAAUAACCAAAAAACGCUCUCUCAAAGAAUUCUUGGAAUCGGCUCCAGCUGGGAACAGACGGUAAGUAAUUUUGCAG